AUGCUGAACAGGAGUGGCGCCAUACGCUCAUGGUGCACCGUAUCGCGGGGGUUGGUAAAAAUCGUGGCGGCGAUGGCCGGUGCCACCGUGAGCAGCGCCGCUCCCAUGAGCGAGAGCCAGGACGGUGGUGGCAGGGCACCCACGCGGGUCACUGGAGAGGGUCCCAUUCCGUCGCCUCCGGAGACGCUGCCGAGGGAUGUCGCGGCUAAUUUGCGUGGCGGCAAGGACGCUCUGAAUAGGAAGAAAAACGCUGUAUAUCGCUCCGUCCCUUCUACACGCGUUGGUAGGGCUGCUGGAUUCGCGUCUCUGUUCGUGCAGCUGGGAUGGGAUCACGUCGUGGGCUCCAAAGAAGGGGGCAUGCUGGCAAGCCACAGUCACCAACGUAUUGCGGACACGCUGUGUCGCAUGCGAGGUGUCGUGCUGAAGCUUGGGCAAAUGCUUAGCAUCCAGGACGCCGCCACAGUUCCACCACAUGUGGUGCAGAUAUUUGAGCGGGUGCGUGACAGUGCUUACGCCAUGCCAAAAGAGCAACUUAAUCGUACGCUGGCGAAGGAGUACGGAAAUGUUAAUUGGAGAAGGGACUGCUUUGUGGACUUUGACGAUGAACCCAUCGCCGCAGCCAGUAUUGGACAGGUGCACCGUGCCACCGUAAAGGGCGACGGCGACACCCUGACUGAGCCGGUUGCCGUGAAGGUGCAAUACCCCGGUGUGGCAGCCAGCAUCGACUCCGAUAUCGCGAAUCUGAAGACGCUUAUUUAUCUUAAUCUGCUUCCUCCGGGAAUGUUCGUGGACAAAAUUCUGCAGGAGCUCCGUCAGGAACUCGCGCUGGAGUGCCGCUACACGGUGGAGGCCUCAAAACAGACGCGGUAUGCUGCUCUAAUCCAACACGUUCCAGAGCUGCGGGAUGUGUUUGUCGUCCCGAAAGUCUACGCCUCUCUUUCGACCGACAAUGUGCUGGUGACGCAGCUCGUUUCUGGUGUGCCCAUUGACCGACUGGCGACGAUUGCGGGCAGCCAGGAUCUCAAGGAUUACGUGGCGCAACGCAUAUUUUUGUUGACGCUUUCUGAGCUUUUUUGCUGGCGUUUUAUGCAGACGGACCCGAAUUACUCCAACUUUUUGUUUGAUACGGAGACAAACCGAAUUAAUCUUUUGGACUUCGGUGCAGCCCGCGAGUACAGCGCUGAGUUUGUGCGGGACUACCUGGACGUUGUUGCCGCCGCCGCUCAGCAGGACCGUGAGACCAUUGUCGCAAAAAGCAUCAAGCUGGGUUUUCUUACCGGGAAUGAGAUGGCGGCCAUGUUGGACGCCCAUGUCGCCAGCGUGGUGCUGCUGGGCAAACCGUUCCGUCACCGCGACAAGCCAUUUGACUUUGCGGCAGAAAAUCUUCCUUCAUUAAUUCAGGAACACGUGCCAACGAUGAUUAAGCUACGCUUACGCCCACCCCCAACGCCGGUGUAUUCGCUGCAUCGACGGCUUAGUGGGACGAUACUGCUGGCCACGAAGCUAAAGGCCACCGUUAACACGGGAGAACUGUUUUGGAAUAUUUAUGACAGCUGUAGAGUCUAA